AUGAAGCCUGUCGUCAGUGCCAUGCAAGCAUGGCAAUGCACUGUCAUCUCCGUUUUCGCGAUCGUUAUCCUCGGUGUUCUCGGCAUUCUAUUCAAGCAAAACCAUCCCGAGCUCGUCGGUAGCGAGGAAGACCCCAAGGACGGCGGCGCUGUUGCGGGCACCAUCUUCGUGUCUGUGAUGAUCUACAUCGGUUUCUUCGUUUUCUGCGGCUUCCAGGGCCUUCUCCACGUCCGGGAGAAUAGACGAGGCGCGAUCGCAUUGUAA